AUGUCUCGCAUAGAAAGAAUAACGAAGAGCAUACAGAACAAAUACCCACACGCAGUUGUGAACAUAAAGGACGAAACGAAGUACCACAUAGGGCACAAAGAAAUACUGGACAUCCAAAACCCGCAGGAGACCCAUCUCAACAUAACAGUGUACGAUACGGCAUUUGAAGACGCUUCGCCCAUCAGCUCGAUUCGAGAGAUAAACAGGCUAAUAAAAGACGAGUUCGCACAGGGACUGCAUGCCGUAAAGAUUGCAUGCGAAGGUGCUCCCAAAGAGUAA